AUGUUUGAGGAAGCAUCCCCAGUAGAAGAGCUGAGGAGGAGUCCAAGGUUGAGGGCCAAAUCAGAGGCUUUGAGAAACGACGUCUCAUCAAUUGAGCAUUCACCCACUAGAAGAACUCCGGAGAGGAGACCCAUGAACAGAAACGCCCAGCUUUCCACACCCUCACCGAAAUUGAACAGGUUCUUCGUGGAAUCGCAGUUGAAGCCCAGAUGGUCACCUUCGCUAUCACCGCAGACGAAUCGAAGCCAUGAGCUGAGGACCAGUUCGUCCACAACUUCACCAAUCACCCAGAAGCUUCUAGCACUGUCCAAUGACGGUGAUUGCAAUGAGAGGGUGAAAAGUGAUUCAGGCGUUGCCGAUGAGUGGGAUUUCCUGGAUGUGGUUGAUGAGGCGAAGGUGAAGAGGACAACAUUGAAGCUUUCACUCACUCCAUCAAGAGAACACGCAGCAGACGAGUGUAAAGAGAUAAUAAAGGUAUUCGAACACCAAAUCCAGGCCUCCAAUGAUCACGAUACCAAAGGCCACAGUGCCAAAGAGGAGAGUUCAAAUUUGGUGACCGAAUCACCAAAUUCCCAUGGUUCUCCAAGGAUAAACAGAUCAAAGAGAACGUAUGGCGCACACAGAAGCUUCCUUGUGAGGAAGACGAAGAGUCAAAGCGAGGGAGACGAGAGUCCUGCUGAAGAAGACCAUAUGCCCAGCUCUGAGCCUGAAGAUGCUGGCAAUAAUUCAACAUGUGACUUAAAAAAUCUAGCUGAUCUUAGAGCCCAAGGCUCCAAUGCGCAGUUUGUCGAUGAAUUGAGCUUCAUCAUGGAUGGAAUAAAAGAGAACCCGACAGUUUCUUCAUUUCUGGAACUUGCCAUGAAGCUUUCAGACGAACAAUUCGUGGAAUUCCUAAAAGCCACGGGCAACCUUUCUCUAUGGCAAUACACCAACGCCGAUGACUGUACAAUGUGCUAUAUAUUUGCAUACAUAACAUCCCAGACUGGCCAAUUGGACGAUUAUGACCCUUUGAAGGUUGAAAACAUUAUAUUGACGUUGCUGAGAUGCACUGAGGUUAGACCAUUGCGGGCCUCGAAAUUGGUAAGAACGCUGUUUGAUGAAUGGGACUCUCACUUGGAAGUCAAGCACAGUACAUCAUACUAUGCUCUUUCAGUGAUACUUGAGAAUGGGCUAUCUACGAGCAAGCAAUUGGUUGAUGGCAUCAUCGCCCUCAUGGACAGAAUUAAACUAAUCGACGAUACUGAGAGUUUUGAAAUGGCCUUGAUAAUCUACGAAAAGUAUCUCAGUGAGAAGGAUGAAGUGGAGCCAGAGUUUGAGAAAGUAGUAAAUGUGCUUUUAAAGCCCCAAUUGGCUUCAGAACGUACAAAGAUUCUCUGUCUAAAGGUGCUGAUUCUCAUGAGUAUCAAGAAAUUUGACAAAGUGUACCGGUCUGAGCUUGUGAUUAGAUCAAUCGACGAGGCAAUAAACACUGACGACAUGGAGACCCAGGCUGCCUUGAUUUCUGCUCAGAGCAUACGCAUCAGCUACACACAUUAUUCCCCAAAUGCCAUGUGGAGUGCUUCGGCUACUACUCUUUACUCAUUGGAUCUAUCUACAGUAAGAAUCGUCAAUGCAUUGAGUCGCAAUUCGAUCGAAAAGAGAUAG